AUGAAGCCUAGAAUUCGGUCACCGGGCUUCUUCCUUCAAGAUGCACAUUUCACGCGGUCGUUAGUUGGGCCACAGCGACAACAUGCCACUAGUUGUCCCCCCUCGGCGCAAUUAUCCCCAGCAUCUCCCGUUUCCCGCCAGUGGCUGCGGUUGACGUUGGUCACAAUAACAGCUGCAGGAGUUGGCGGAUACAUCAAGUGGACGCAAGAUGCGAAAGCGGGCUCGACAACUUUGAAUCCUGUUCGGUUCACGUCAUACGAGCUAGUAUCUCGGGAACCCGUCUCAACCACCGGCAGCUUGUUUACGAUCAAGCCUCCAAAGUCAGAUGGAAGCAAUCUCGCGAUAUAUGAGGAGGCAUGGAAUACUGGAAUAUGGAGUGUCAUGUUCAAGCAACCACAACUACAAAUUGGCCGAGAUUAUACCCCGCUGCCGCCAACGUCAGACACUGAAGGGGACGUAUGUCUGCGGUUCUUCAUUCGCAAAGACCCCUUUGGCGAAGUUUCCAGGUACUUGCAUAGCCUAAAGAUAGGAGCACGCAUUGAGGUGCGCGGGCCCCGGAUUGAAUGCGAGAUUCCUUUGGAGACAGAAACAGUUAUCUUCGUUGCCGGCGGAACUGGCAUUGCCCCUGCUUUGCAAGCAGGACAUACCCUUCUUCGACGUACAAACCAAGUCAAUAAACCUAGGAUACACAUUCUGUGGGCAAAUCGGCAGCGGCAGGAUUGUGUGGGUGGGCGCAAUGAGUCUACGGACGCAGCUGCUGAGGUGCGACCGUCAUGGCUUUCCCGGAUCUUCGGAUCAAAACCAGACCGCAGUUAUGCUCUUACGAAGGUAGGGGACACUGUGGAAUCGUCCCUCAUCGUUCGAGAAAUCGAAACUCUUAAGGCGCAGUAUCCCGAGCAGGUUACUGUACAGUAUUUCGUCGACGAGGAAAGCAGUUUCAUCGGGAAGAGGUCUAUUUGGGACUGUACCAAAUCUGCCGAGUCUUCAUCCUCCGGGAAGGGCAACCGCAACUUGAUCCUUGUUUCAGGACCAGAAGGCUUCAUCGGCUAUAUGGCUGGGCCUAAGAUCUGGGCGCAAGGCAUGGAGCUACAGGGCCCGCUCCAAGGUAUUAUCAAGGAGCUUGAUCUUCAGAACUGGGCUGUGUGGAAGCUUUGA